GAAAUUCGAGCGCCUCUGGGCGCUUUUGAGCGCUUUCAGGCCCCUUUUGGGCUCUCCUCUUGGGCGUGCCCGAGCCAGCGAAUUCUUUUCAACCUCGUACAAAACGCUUAUCUGUCUCGAAGACCGUUGAAUUCAACAAUGUGAAACAGUUCUAAGGUACCUGCUAGAAUCCUAGCCUUCAAUUAUAAACAUGCAUUCCACGUCUGUCGCCGAACUGGAUUUGGACACGUCGCCACUUUCUGAGGAUGACUCUCCUGACGAUGAGUAUGAGCGUUACAACAUCUUUGAUGAGUCCGAUUAUGAAAGCUUAAUAUCGAGAUAUCUUGAUCGGGGCGACUUUGAAACUGCCACAUAUUGGAUUGAUUUCGCGUUUGCAAAGAAGUCGGAGAAUGGAUAUAGUAUGGUCGAUUUUGCUAACUAUAUCAAGGAACUUACAAGGGUCUGCCAGUACAAGAGAAUCUCAUCUCUCAUAUCUUCCCAGCGCUUGUAUAAGAAACACCUUGUUUUUGCUUAUUACUAUGUAAAUGCGCUAUAUCAUCUAAAGAUGUAUGGAGACAUAGUACAACUUCAGAUUGGGCACCUGAUGCUGGAUGAAGAUUUACCCGUGAAAUCUCCCGACGCAGGUUGUGGCUUGGAGGAUUAUUUUGAUUCUGCAUCAGAAGAAAUAUCUGGAGAAGAUCUUGCGGAACUCAACAAGAUUCUGGCCCACAACAAGCUAUUCUCGGCUUUGAUGGUCGUUUAUGGUCGCACUUAUAUUUUGAUGGAAAAUCGGGAAUUUGCAACUAGAUGCCUAACCUCUGCUUUCAUGCAAGAUCGCCACUGCUUGAUUGCUGAGGAAUUGCUCAGGAAGUAUAGGCUAGUUCCGUGUACGAAGCGAGACCCUUGCUAUCGACUGAUGAAGAAAAUGAAGAAAAAAUGUGCAUCGGCUGAUCCACGUCAGAGGACGAGGCAUGCACAUAAACUCUAUCGUGAUGGAAACGUUGCUGAAACUCUGGCCAUCACUACUGCGAUUAUGGAAGAGCAUGGGCUAUAUUUGGACUGUGUCAUUCUACAUGCGAACUGUUUAUGUUACUUCCAAGAUUAUAGAAGACUGUUUCUUCUAGCGCACGAGCUAGUUGUAUCCUUUCCAGACCAUCAUUAUAGCUGGUACGUGGUCGCUAUGUACUACUUCACAUGCUUCAACAUACAUGCAGCCAGAACUUUCAUAAACAAAGCUGCCUUGAUGCGAACAGCUUUUGGAGAAGGAUGGAUAGCUUAUGGUCAUAUCUUGGCGGCUGAAUGUGAGAAUGAGCAGGCGUUGAACUGCUAUUAUCGCGCGGCACGCAUUCUUCCCUGGCAUUAUGAGCCGAAAAUGUAUAUUGGUAUGCAGUACUGCAGAGUAGGAGUACGAAUGGCUGAGGAUUUUCUUCGUGAGGCUUCUUGUAUACGAGCGUCUGAUCCGGUCAUAAUGCACGAACGAGGAUCGUAUUACUACCGUUACAAUAAGUUUCGCACUGCUGAGCAGUUUUUCAACAACGCUUUGUUGGCUGUAAUUGGGAACGAGGAAUCAGAAAAUGUCGACUCCAGUGCGGUAAUCAGCGAGCAGUUAGAUCCCUUCUGGCAACCUCUACUUGCUAAUCUUGGUCAUGUCUGCCGAAGACUGGGAAAGUUCAAAGAGUCUAUAGAUUUUCACAACAAGGCACUUCUCAUGAAUCCAAUGGACUGGCACUCGAUGGCGUCUAUGGCUAUGUCAUACGCCUGCCUUGGAGAAACAAACGUGGCAACUCGCUACUUCGCCAAAGCCCUUGCACGAGCACCUUACAAUGGAAUGAUCCGCAACGCUCUGGACAAGCUAUCUCAGAUGGAAAACGAUUAUCUAGAUUACACCGACUUCAAGACAAGUAUGUCAACAAAUACCAGUGACUUAGAGCGAAUAUUUGCCGAACGUGCUGCUACUCGUGCAGAGGUGCAAAAGAAUACAAUAACAAAAAGGUCCAGAAAGUCGUUUUCCGAAACACUGAAAAUGAGGAUCGCUUCCAAGAAGUAUAGGCAGGAUCUUGCUCGCAUUAAUUCAAGGAAGAAGCAUGCUGAAUCGAGCGAGUCAGUGUUUCCUGUAGGCCUCGGAUCAGCAAACAAUCCAGGAACCAUGGGAGGCGACCCGGGAGUGUAGAUGAAUAGUUGAUCUAGCUCUUAUGCUAUCACUGUGGUCGUCAUAAGAUCCGCUUUAAUCAUUAUUACAUUCGAAUCUUAUUGCUAGUUAACUGGUUUUUUUGCCAAACCUUCUUUCCCACGGGUAGCACAUUCGGAAUGUCAACAGGCAUUAUCUCUCAGAGGUGCAUUGCAUCGAACUCUCUCUUUCUGCAUCCAUUAACCGAUCCUAGUGCAAUGUUUAUGCUCGCAAAGAUGAAGAUGGAGAGACUCCAAUAAUCCACUCUCAUAGUGUAUGCUAUAGAAACUAUUUUCGAGCUGUAGUUUGUUUGUGUUUCAGUUAUGCCUGCAUUAUCUAAUGAAAAUGA